UCUGGACAAAAGAUGGGCAUUCUGACUAGAAGGUCCUUCUCUGAACGCGUGAUGAACUUCUUGCUUGUAGUGAUAACGACUGUGAUAAUUCUUUCUGAACCAGUUAUUUCUGCAGAGGAAAGCGAAGAAUCGCAGAUCUAUAUCGUUCAUGUGGAGCAACCGGAAAUAAGCCUACUUAGCCUUGAUGAGCUGAAGAUAUGGUAUUCAUCUUUUUUGCCCAAAGUAAAAGCAGCAUAUGGAGAACGAGAAGGAGAAGGAGGAGGAGGAGUUUCUCGUCCAAAUCUAGUGCAUGCAUAUCAGAAUGUCAUGACUGGAUUUGCUGCGCGAUUAACAAAAUCAGAAAUUGAGGCGAUGCGAGAGAUCCCUGGUUUCAUGGAUGCGUAUCCUGAUAGGGUUCUGCACUUGCAAACAACAUAUUCUGCUAAGUUUCUGGGCCUGGACCCUCAACAGGGGCUGUGGCCCAGAUCCAACGCUGGCAAGGGUACCAUAAUUGGCGUACUGGACAGUGGCGUGUGGCCGGAGAGCCCUUCGUUUAAGCCAGACGCCAAGAUUGGUGCUGUGCCUUCACGGUGGAAGGGGAUCUGCCAGAGUGCAUCAGAUUUCAAUGCGUCCAAUUGCAACAACAAACUCAUCGGAGCGAGAGUUUUCACUGAGGAUAAGACGGCGAGGGACUAUGAUGGACACGGCACUCAUACUGCAUCGACUGCCGCGGGAAGCCCUGUUGCCAACGCUGGACUCUUUGGCUAUGCAGAAGGAACCGCCCAGGGGACGGCACCGGGUGCUCAUAUUGCGGUUUACAAAGUGUGCCGCGAUGACAGGUGUAUGACAUCUGAUGUUCUGGCGGCGAUGGACGUCGCCAUUUCUGACGGCGUGGACGUGCUUUCACUCUCUCUCGGCAGCGCCGCUAUACCCUUUUAUGAGGACAACAUUGCCAUUGGGGCCUUUCAUGCGAUGGAAAGGGGCAUUUUCGUGAGCUGCGCAGCAGGAAAUGACGGGCCGGCGGAGCCCUCGUAUCUUCAGAACGGCGCGCCAUGGAUCAUGACAGUAGGCGCCAGCUCCAUGGACAGACAUUCCGUUGUAAAUCUAAAGCUUGGAGACGGAACAAUUCUGUAUGGUGAGUCACUCUUCCACGCCAUUGGAAGCCAGACCUCAGAAUUAAGCCUAGUGCAGGCAGACGUGUGCGCGAGUCGCGUUCUGAUCCCAGACCUGAUGAAAGGAAAGCUUGUAGUGUGCGCAAGAGGUGGUCCUGGCAAUCCAGUGGAUCAGGCAAAUGCUGUUCGAGAUGCUGGAGGGGCCGGCGUGAUAUUCGUUAACGAUGACAGUGAUGGGGAGGAAAUCCGUUUGUACGCUCAGGUUUUGCCGUCAACAACCCUUGGUUAUAAGGCAGGACUUGUCCUGGCAGCCUAUAUGAAUUCUACUAAGACCCCCACGGCGGCCAUUCAGUUCCAGGGCACUGUCUAUGGGCCCGCCAACAAUAUUUCGGCGCCCGCGGUGGCCUCUUUUUCAUCUCGCGGCCCCAACACAAUCAGCCCUGACAUUCUGAAACCCGACGUAAUAGCCCCUGGAUUUGGCGUCUUAGCAGCUUGGCCUUCAGAUCUCAGUCCCUGGGAUCUCCCUCAAGAUCAGAGAAGAGUAAUGUUCAACAUUAUGUAUGGGACGUCAAUGGCCACCCCACAUGUGAGCGGGGUGGCUGCUUUGCUAAAAAACGCCCACCCGGAGUGGAGUCCUGCGGCCAUUAAGUCUGCUCUUAUUACCACGGCAGACCACCUCGAUAAGAAAGGCGGGCCAAUUCUCGACGGUGGAAAGAAUUUCGUGCCGGCUGAUAUUUUCGCUACGGGCGCUGGGCAUAUAAAUCCAGGAAGAGCAGCCAAUCCGGGCCUUAUCUAUGACCUUAGUGCCCAAGAUUAUGGUCCUUAUCUCUGUGGACUAAACUACACAGCAUCGCAGAUUAGCAUGAUCCUGAACAAGAAGAUUGUGUGCCCUACCAAUGAUGAAAGCACCCUUCCGGGUAACCUAAAUUAUCCGUCCUUUUCUCUGGUUUUCAAUAAGCUAAAUUCUGUUACCUUGAGAAGAAGCGUAACUAAUGUUGGAGCAGCCCAAUCAACGUACACCGUCAACAUUGUUCCUCCGAGCGGAGUGGAUGUGACUGUGAAUCCAACGUCAUUAUCAUUCGGGGCAUUGAUGGAGAAGAAGACUUAUAGGGUCACAUUUGUAGUAAACAAAGCGAGUCCUAAGAAAUCAGGGUUCUCCCAAGGCUCAAUUACGUGGGUUUCAAGCGCUUUUGGUUACAGCGUAAGAAGCCCUAUUUCCGUCGCGUGGAAUACAAACUAAAUUUCAUGUGAUGUAAAUAACCAUGUUUGGGUUCGGGGUCUCUUAUUCAUAUCUAUUUAUGUAAUUCAAUUGUGUCAGGUCGAGUCAAGUUAUUGGGUAAAUUUUGCAGAAGCAUCUCGUAAAAUCUUUGCACACCAUUGUUCCUAUUUCUGUAAAUC